AUGUCGCGUCGAAAACUGGAAGUGCUUGGUUUCUCAUCGGAUAGCAUCGAUUAUGAAGAUGCGGCUCAAGUGCAUGAAUUGAUCGAUUGGUUGGAAGAUCAUCACAUCCGUCAUUAUAAACCUGAACAUCGGAGCGCUCUUCGUGCAGUCGACCUUGACAUAUGGCAACCGGCUAUGGAGAAGGUUGGUAGUUAUUUAGCUGAGUUGGGUUGUUUAUUAAAAUUGGGUGAAACACCGCUAAAGGAGAUUAUCGAUUGGCUUCUUGAUUACGCGAUCGCUUUGCAGUACGCCUCAAACAAAGAAGCACAUAAUUUAACGUCGAAAUCGCUGGCUGAAAUGCGAGAAGAACGCUACCAUCGACAAAAAGCUAGCGACCCACUGAGCAAUCUGGAUUUCCAAAGCGAGGCGGCGAAAAAAGGUAUCGAGAGUCUGCGAUCGGUGUUGGGCAUUGCGACCUAUCCAGAUCCAGAUGUUUUGCUGAACGCUUCGUGCAAGUUCAUAGUCGUAAAUCUAACGGAUGAUGCGAUCGAUGAGUCGAAUAAAGCUAAUAAGGCUGGCGCUCCUCAGGCGAUGACCAUGCAACUGAGUCGUUUCGAUUUGGGUAUGCUUUCGAGUAAAGACGGAGGUGUGGAUGCAGCAGUUCGUGCGCUUCGGUUGAAUCACUUGGAAAACCUUAGAGAAGUACAAACAGAAAUCAACGAGGCAAUUGUAGCCGUGCAGGAGUUGACAGCAGAUCCAAAAACAGAUAAACGACUGGGCAAAGUUGGUUUCUAG